UUGUUAGAAGUUUCUUACGUUGGAUGUUUUUGGUAGUUGCAAUUAUUACAAUGGUUAAUGUAGGAGGAAUCAAAUAUUGGGUUUACUAUUUUGGUUGUGAUGAAGCAUUGUUUUCUCACUUGGAAAUUUAGAAUGGUUAAUGUUGGAGAAAUCGAAUUUUGGGUUUUGUUUUGUCCGUUGAAAUGUUGCUUAAAUGUCUAGACUUUCUGGGAUUCGAGUCAUCUGCCUACUUUGAUUGGGUUUUCUUGGUGAAUGUUGGUUAUUUGAGGCAUUUUUGUGUUGGAAUUUGGAAAUUAAAAGAUUGGAUUUUUAUGGUUGGAAAGAAAAGACUGAAGGUCUUGUGAGGGAUUGUUGACGUUUGGUUUGAGUACAUUGUGAUUGCUUUCACCAAAGAGAAAUUUUAAACUGUAAAUAUUGGAUUUCAUGUCUUUUUUUGCCUUCUAGAAAACAGAUGGAAAAUCAGGUUCAAUAUCACCAAUAUGAGUGCCUUCUAUUUGAUCUAGACGACACCCUUUACCCUCUGAGUUCUGGAAUUUCAGUACAAAUCACUAAGAAUAUUAAAGAAUAUAUGAUUCAAAAGCUUGGCAUGGACGAAAGUGAAGUUCCCGAAUUGUGCAUUUCUUUGUACAAGGAUUAUGGGACAACAAUGGCCGGUCUUAAGGCUCAGGGCUAUAACUUCGAUUACGAUGACUUUCAUAGUUUUGUUCAUGGGAGGUUGCCCUACGAGUUGUUUACUCCUGAUCCUGUCCUGAGGGGUCUUUUACUUAGUCUGCCUAUCCGCAAAGUAAUUUUCACGAAUUCGGAUAAGAAACAUGCGGAUACUGUGCUCAAAAGGCUUGGAAUAGAGGACUGCUUUGAGUCAGUUAUAUGCUUUGAGACACUGAAUCCCACCAACAAUGCCGAUGAUUCUGUUGGUGCAGAAGAAACUGAACAUAUUGAACAACCAAAUACUGGUGCAGCGGUUCCAAAGACCCCGGUUGUCUGCAAACCAUUCGAGCUUGCAUACGAAGAAGCCUUUAAAUUUGCAAACAUCGAACCUCAAAGAACAUUAUUCUUCGAUGAUAGCAUUCGCAAUAUACAAACUGCAAAGCAGUGUGGCCUCCAUACAGUAUUGGUUGGCACCUCCCACCGCCCCAAAGGCGUGGAUUAUGCACUUGAGAGCAUCCAUAAUAUGAAGGAAGCACUGCCAGAACUCUGGGAAAUCACCACUGAGCAGUCUGAAAAUGUCCAAACUACACGAGAGAUUGCAAUUGAGCAACUGGUGGAAGCUUAGCCUACAUCUUUACUCAACCACAGAAAGGAAAAUAGCUUGCAGCAGAGCGUAGGACCUGCCAAAUGUGUUGUCUAUGAUUAUCAUGUAAUUUUUAAUUUGAAAUUGUAGAACGAUAUUGGAUGGGAAGCUUGAUUUAGGCACUUAUUUGUCUGAAUCAUGCUGGAAAGACCAGUUUAUUAUAAUAAAAUUAUAUUGACCACAGUGUCGAUACAAUUCAAUAUUCA